AUGACUCUUGGCGCAGGAGGAUCCAGCGUCGUGGUACCUAGAAAUUUUAGAUUGCUCGAGGAACUUGAACGUGGUGAAAAGGGAAUCGGGGAUGGUACUGUGAGCUAUGGAAUGGAUGAUGGAGAUGAUAUUUACAUGCGUUCAUGGACUGGAACAAUCAUAGGCCCCCACAAUUCCGUACAUGAAGGGCGCAUAUACCAGUUGAAGCUGUUCUGUGACAAAGAUUACCCAGAGAAGCCUCCCAGUGUUCGAUUCCAUUCCCGGAUAAACAUGACUUGCGUAAACCAUGAAACUGGAGUGGUGGAACCUAAAAAAUUCGGGCUUCUAGCCAACUGGCAGCGGGAGUACACGAUGGAGGAUAUCCUGACACAGCUCAAGAAAGAGAUGGCUUCUCCACACAACCGUAAGCUCGUCCAGCCUCCUGAAGGAACCUAUUUCUAGCGUAAGAAGUCAAAUUUGGGGGGUUUUAUUGACCUUAUGAUAUAAUUUCCGAUUUUAUAGCUUUCAUAUCGUGUUAAGAUGUUAGUUGCACGGGGAACAGUCUUCCCGAAAGAAAAAGAAAAUUUCCCACGUCAACACUUUCAGGGAUGGGCCCUCGUGUUAUCUCUCGAUAUUCUGCUGUUAUUCUAAUUGUGAAACUGUGUUGGGAUGUUUGGUAAUGGGAUUUUCUUUUGUAUGAUCACCUUUUGGGACAUAUUCUUGUUGAUAUUAUAGUGUUUGUGUUCGAAAUAGCUCCCUAAGCCAAAACUUGUAUGGUGCACUAAACGAAAAUUAAAAGGACAGUUGUGAAACAUGAAAAACAUCGGCUUCAGAUUUUAAGAUUAGUGGAAUAUCUUCUUAGCUGUGUGGUAUUAUUUAACUUUGCCCCUUGUUUUUGCAUCAUUAUGUG